AUCCAAACAGUCGGAGGUCCGCUAGUCCAAAACGGAGUACCUCCACGCCGGUAGGGCACGCCGCCACGCCGUUCGCCACCGCUGAGCCGGCGGCCCGCUCAUCGCCGCCUCCACCCCGUUCCUCCCAGUGCCUCCUUUCUACGCCCAGCUCGCCGCCCAGUGCCUCCCCUCCCCUCUACGCCUGCGCCAUCCGCCCAUCCCGGCUGUUUUGCCGUCGCCCAGCUUGCGGAGAAAGAUGCGUGUGGUGGUGGUGGAGGACAAGAACCCGGCAGGGGAGGAGGACAAGAAUCCAGCGGGACAGAUUGCCUCCUCGGCAAGCACAUUGGAUGCGCAAGAGCUGGAACAGUUGGGUGGUGUCGAGAAGACCCAAGAGCCAGUUGACGCGGAGGAGCCAGCAAAGGCUGAGAAGACCCAUUUGUCCGUUGAUGGAGAGGAGCCUUUGUGGAACGAGCCGCCGGAGCAGCGCUGCAACAUGAUUCGAACCGCCGAGGCGUGCCAAUACUGGGCCACCUACGCGCCACCGCCAAGAGGCCCCACAAGCCUCCAAGAAAUCCACCGACGGCGGGUGGACCUGCCGCCGGAGCUGCGAGCGGAUCCCCUCUACGGCGUGAACUCGCCGGAGUGGGACCGGAUCUUGGAAACCGAGCAUGAGAUCCGUCACCACUCCUUCUUCGCCGCCUCGCCGCCUGCAUCAUGGUUCGACUCCGACGACGAGCUCCUCUUCGAUGACGACGACCUGGACAUGGCGAAGACGGACGCUGACCUCUACGUGCGACAGCCGGGUGAAGUUGGGUAUGUUCCGCCGCCAGUGGAUGUGCCGAUGGAGGAUGUCGCAACAAGCUAGAUCAUUGAAGAGGAUGAAAUCUGUGUUAGAUCUUCUACAUGUUACGCCAUGGAUGAAUGAUGAUUAGUGCGAGUUGUUUAGGUUUCCUAAGCUAGAUUGGUUGUUGUGAACAAUGGCACCCAGUCCACUGCAGCACUUGCCGCAACCUUCUCCAAUA